AUGGUCAACAUCAACUUCCCCGGCUUCAUCGACGUCGCGGCAGAGAACCGCGACGGGCGCCGCAUCCAGGUGCUCGGCGGCAGCAUGGCCCGCUCCGUCAACCGCUUCGACCAGAGCUUCCUCUCCAGCGACUUCCCCCGCAGCCCCCCCAAGCUCUACAUCACCGCCGAGACGGACGAUUUCGACAGCCGCGCCCUGGCCCAGUGGCGCAACGAAGGUUUCGAUGUCGAGUAUCUGCCCAUGGGUAAGGGCGGCUCCGAGUAUUCCGCCAAGCUCCACGAGAUCAGCCGCAGGGAGCUCGGGCCCUGCGAGAGGUUCGGCAUAGUCGCAUAUGGCGACGCGGCAGCAGCAUGCCUGCUGCACUUCCACAACCUCGACAACGACCACGAGCUGCGACUCGGCUGCCUAGUGGCAUACUACCCGGGGCAGAUCCCGGACCCUGAGUCGCGGUAUCCCGGCGGCAUCCAAGUCCUCGUGCAUUUCGCGGGCGGGGAAGUCGGGGUCGUCAAGAGAGCGCAGCUGGCGGGCAUACAGGGCAAGGACCGUGCCCGCGCGCGCCAGAUCGACAGCGGCCUGGGCGUGGGUGGCAGGCUCCUGGGCAUCAAGUACCCUGCGUAUAGCUACGACGCGGAGCCCGGCUUUGCCGAGCACGACCUCAAGGAAUAUGACCCCGUCAGCGCAGAGCUCGCCUGGACGCGCAGCUUGAGCACCGCCAGGAAAGCCUUCCAGAUGGACGCGGAUCUCGAGACCGUCGUCGACACGAAUAUACAGGCCAGUGCAGCCAAGUUCUUCACCCAGGACGUCAAGCAGACCAUGUCGACCUUCACAAAUACCACACCGCACGUCACCCACAUGCCCACGCUCACGGGCGGCAUCGGUGCCAGCGAGCUACAGUCGUUCUACGCUGACUUCUUUGUCAACACCCACCCAGAGACCCUAGAGCUCACUCUGGUCUCCCGGACGAUCGGUGUCGACCGUGUCGUGGACGAGCUGCACGUGUCGUUCAAGCACACAGAGGAGAUGCCGUGGAUUCUGCCCAACGUGCCUCCCACGAACCGCCGUGUCGAGAUCAUGAUUGUCAGCAUCGUGGCCUUCAAGGCGGGCAGGCUACAGCACGAGCACGUGUACUGGGACCAGGCCAGUGUUCUGAUGCAGGUCGGCUUACUGGACCCCAAGCUGUUGCCCGAGAGGGCCAAGGAGAAGGGUGCGACGUCGAUGCCAGUGGUUGGCAAGGAGGCAGCCAGGCGGAUGCUCGGCAAGGAGAAAGACUACGAGCAGGGACAGGCUGAUAAUGAGCUCAUUCCGUCAUUUUGGGGUGACAGCGAGGAUGUGAACAAGGGCAGUCGUGACCAGUCAUCAAAGAAGAAGGGCAAGGAGCCAGCAGGCAAUGACAAGCAGGAUCGGCCAGAGAAUGAGGAGGGGAAUUCCGAUCAUGAGCAGGAUGGCAGGGCAGAGUCUACUUCAGCACUUCCAGACAGGACAAAGGGCAAUGCCGAGGAGGAGGAAUCGCCUAGUGACGAGCAGAACUAG